AUGAACAAUUCAGAUAGAAAAGAAGGAUGGAUCGAUUGCUACAACAGUUCCCAGAAGAUAUUACUUGUGGGUGAAGGUGAUUUCUCAUUUUCCGCAUGUUUAGCUCGAGCCUUUGGCACUGCUAAAAACAUGGUUGCUACUUCGUAUCUUGAUAAAGAUUGCUUAGUAAUUAACCAUCAAACGAGUGUAUCACACCUUGAAGAACUGGAGAGAUUAGGCUGCGCAUUGAUGUAUCAAAUCGAUGUCCACAAAAUGCACACUCACCCCAUUCUCAAGGGAAUGAAGUUGGACAUCAUCAUCUUCAACUUCCCUCAUGCUGGUCAUAUUUGUUAUCUACGUGAACGUGACACAGAAUUAAUCCAAAAGCAUAAGGAGUUGGUCGGAGCUUACUUCAGAAAUGCAAGCAAGAUGUUGAGUGAAGGGGGCGAGGUGCAUAUAAGGCAUAGAGAUGACUCUCCAUAUGACAGAUGGGAUAUCGUUUCGCUAGCUGUUGAAGCUGGUUUGAAGUUGAAGGAGAAAGUGCGUUUUAGUGAGAGUGAGAGUAUCCAGGUUAUAUUCGUAGAAGAGGAGGGGGUAUUAAAACCAAUGACACUUUUCCAAUCGGAUCACCUUUCACUUUUAAGUUUGCUCUUGAUUAUACCAAACGUUAAUGACGAAGAAAUUCGUGUAUUAGAGGUUCGAGAUGAUGAAGUUUGUAUUUGCACUACUACAAAAAAGAGCAUUACCGACGGCCAAAACCGUCGGUAA